AAGAGAUCUUGUCGGCAUGUAUGGUAAUUUUUAAGAUUUAAUGAGUCUUUUCUGCGAGCCUACUGUAUCCUGGCAACGUGACUCGUAAAUAUUUGGAGGGAGGUUAGGAACCGUCAAAUAUAGUGAAAAGACGAUGACGACGAUACUUCCCCAAAAGCCCCAGGGCACGUACACGUUCGCCAGUCAGCCUCGUGCAGUCCAACAGAGGAAAAAGUACAGAGAUGCCAAUCCCAUUGAACAAAACCAAGGCCCUCCACAGUAUGGAAACAUUAUGUACGACAGGCGUAUUGUGCGAGGAAAUACAUAUGCCCAACACACUCUCCCUGCACAUGCACAACCAGAUCCUAUUGAAAUACAAAGACAACAGGAAAAUCGUCGUCGUGCAAUAGCAAGAAAAAGAGCAAAGGAGCAGCUCCGCCCUCGUUCCCCUGAUCCCGUAGAGGGGCGUAAACACAUUGAUGUACAAACAGAGUUAUAUUUAGAAGAACUGAGUGAUCGUGUUGAAGAGGCCGAUGUUGAGGUGCAGACUGAUGCCUUCUUAGAUAGACCCCCCUCACCCAUGUAUGUUCCAGCCAAAACAGGCGUGGAUAUAACCACACAGAUCUUAGAGGGAGAUCUUUUCGAUUUCGAUAUUGAGGUGAAACCUAUUUUAGAAGUGUUGGUUGGUAAGACAGUAGAACAGGCCUUACUGGAAGUGAUGGAGGAGGAAGAGUUAGCCAAUCUCCGAUCACAACAGCGUGCCUUUGAGGAGCUGAGAAACGCCGAGCUUGUCGAACAACAGCGACUGGAGGAGCAGGAGAGGAGGCAUCGGGAGGAGAAGGAGAGGAGAAUGAAACAACAACGAGAAAUUGUGAAAAAAGAGAAAGAGACGUCAGACAAAAUCGCUGCCAGAGCCUUUGCUCAGAGUUACCUCGCAGAUCUCGUUCCUACAGUGUUUGGCACAUUAUCAGACAAUGGAUACUUCUACGAUCCAGUGGAAAGAGAUAUUGAGCAGGGUUUCAUGCCUUGGUUGAUCGACCAGGUACAAGUACAGUUACAGAAAUCUCAGUUAGGUCGCCUGGUGCUGGAUGGACUAAUCAGGGAUGUCAUGAACCAGAGGAUAGAUGCCUACAACAAGGACACAAAGCCCGGGGGUGGGGCCACUAGUGACGGUAAAUCUGACGGCUCCAAUAACGCGGUACCCUCACAGGCACCGGCCGCUGCCACCACGUCAGAGGGUGAAAAGAAAGAGGAAACUCAGGAACCGGAGAAGAAAGAGGAGCCAUCAGGAAACACGGAGGGUGGGGAGGAGACGGGGGGUGGGGAUGAGUAGAACUCUUCAGGGGGAGCAGUCAUUAUCUCGAAAAACAGGACCACCAAAAUAAUAGCUGGGAGGGAGCCACUACACAAACUUUAUCAAAAUUACUCACAGUGUGCUAAAGGAGAGAAGUGAUAUUACACAUUGUCGGCAGAAUGUUACUAAAAAAAUUGAAACAGACUCAAAAUACUGUAUUGUUUAUCUUUGAAAUAAUGGUUGCUCCAUUUAUUUAAAAUAUCUGGAUCUUAUGCCCUCUAGUUCAUAUUGUCUGUGAUCAAAAUGUAUAUAUUUAAGUAUACUAGUUAUUAAUUUGGCUAAAUAGAACUGCUCAACAGGAACAACAAUGUGGAAAGUAAUUUUAAAUAAUCAUUUGGAUUUUUUGUUCUGGGAUGAAAAUUAAUUUGAAGGAUAUUUUUAUUAUUUUUCACACAGUUUGUGUCCUGCUGUGUGUCCUCUAUUUAUGAUUUUGUUUUAUUAAACAUGUUUUCCUGAGUAAACAAAUUUAAUAUAUAUGAGAUAUUUAGCUAAGUUUUGCCAUUAAUGAGAAAAAGGUUUUUUAUGAAUCUAUUAA